AUGAUCUUAGUAGCUGAGUGUUCUAUUUGGGAAAUUGUUUGGGUAUCUUUGUUGUUUGUGAAUUGGACCUUUAAACCAAGAGAAGUCGUCGACAUAUCUGGAGGUUGUGGUGCGAGUUUUGAAGUAGAGGUUGUCUCUGAACAAUUCGAAGGGAAGAGAAUGUUGGAGAGACACCGUAUGGUGAAUGCUGCACUUGAAGAAGAAAUGAAAGAGAUUCAUGCUCUCUCUAUUAAGAAAGCUCAAACUCCACAACAAUGGAAACCAUCACAAGACUCUCCAACAACUCAAACCAAAGAUGCUUGA